AACCCUUUCAAAUGUACAUAUCAGUCUUCCCAAAUUUUGUGUUUGUGUCCCUGUCACUCUCACAGAGUCUUUUACAAUUACAAGUACUAUUGCAACGUUGGUUCAAAUAUUGUUUCCCUUAAAUAAGGUUUCGUGCAUAACAGAAACUACCAAUUCCACGAACUCCGCUACAACCUCGGAGUCUCGGACGAACACACAAGACAAACAGAAGAUCCUUCCGAGGUUGAUCAAUCACCAUGUCUGACAUAGUCAACGUUGCUUGGAAGAAAUAUCUCCUUCAGCUUCAGCUCCACCCCCUCAGGACAAAGGCAAUUACUGCAGCAUUUUUGGCUGGUUUUAGCGAUGGAGUUGCACAGAAGAUUGCUGGGGCUAAGAGGCUUCAGCUUAGAAGAAUACUUCUCUUCAUGCUCUAUGGUUUUGCAUACUCUGGACCCUUUGGACAUUUUCUCCACAAAUUGAUGGAUAAAAUCUUUAGGGGGAAGACAGGCAAUGAAACUGUUGCAAAGAAGGUGAUCCUUGAACAGAUAACUAGUUCCCCAUGGAACAACUUUUUAUUCAUGAUGUACUAUGGCUUGGUUAUAGAAGGAAGAUCAUGGAGCACAGUCACGAACAAAGUUAAGAAGGACUACCCUGCUGUUCAGUUGACUGCAUGGAGGUUUUGGCCUAUUGUUGGUUGGGUGAAUUACCAGUAUAUACCUUUGCAGUUCCGUGUUAUAUUUCACAGCUUCGUUGCUUCCUGCUGGGCUAUCUUUCUGAAUCUGAAAGCAAGGUCUACACUAGCAACAAUUAAGAAGGCCUAGGAGACAAUAAAACCUUCACUUUUUCUCACAUUUGGGUUGAAUUCUCUUUUUCCUCCCUAUGUGAAGUGGGAUAGAAGAAAUUAGAAAUCUCCCAGUUUUGUUAAUAGGGCAGCAUUCCUGGUUAAUUUGCUUGACAUAUACCAUAUCAUUGUAUCAUUGUCAAUUUCCGUCUUAAGUCGGUCGCUAUGAGUUAGUUAGUUGGUUAGUUAGACUUGGCGUGCACUUGCCAAUCUUAAUAAAUAAAAUCAUCUGCUGGUGGUGGUGCAAUGGGUUUCAUUUUCAGGGGCAAUAUGGUACAAUAGAUUAUAGAUAUCUCCAUUUUAUGUAAUUCAUGCACCCAUUUUAUCUGAUACACUUCAUGCAAUUUGUGUAUAAUACAAUGAUAUAAUGUUUGCCGGCAUAUUAGAAUUAGCAGACUCCACCUAAUGGAACCAGACUUUGUUGUUGUUUUAGUUU